AUGAGCAAGCUUUGGUACACGCAGCCUGCAAGCGACUGGAAUGAGGCGCUACCAGUGGGAAAUGGGCGACUCGGAGCGAUGGUGUAUGGCCGCACCGACCAGGAACUUCUUGCUUUGAAUGAGGACUCGGUAUGGUAUGGUGGCCCUCAAGACAGGACUCCUCGAGAUGCUUUCAAUUAUCUUCCACAAUUGAGAGAAGCAAUCCGAUCAGAAAACCAUACCGAAGCAGAAAGAUUGGCAAAAGUUGCAUUCUUCGCCAACCCAAUCAGCCAACGACACUAUGAGCCCCUUGGGACAGUUUUUAUGGAUUUUGGCCACACAUCCGAUCACAUAACGAAUUAUCACCGCGAACUCGAUCUCGAAACUGCCACAGUGAAUGUGAAGUACAAUUACCGCGGAGCCGAAUAUGGAAGAGAAGUUAUAGCAAGCUAUCCCGACGAUGUUCUAGCAGUUCGAGUUCGCGGUCCGCCUGAGACCGAGUACGUGGUACGAUUAACCCGACUGAGUGAGCUGGAAUUCGAGACAAACGAGUACCUGGAUGAUGUUGUCGCUUCCAAUGAUUCCAUUACGAUGCAUGUUACGCCGGGAGGCCGGGGUAGCAACCACGCUUGCUGCAUUCUCCACGUUCAAUGCUGCCAGGAGGGCUCAAUCACCAGAAUCGGUGACAACCUGGUAGUCAAGGCCUCGGAAUCUCUCAUUCGGAUUACUACUCAGACAACCUUUCGUUGCGAAGACCUCGACCAGGGAGCAUAUGAAGAUCUCGCAAAGGCACUUGGCUUCAACGCGGGACAGCUAUGGGAUAGGCACAUCAAGGACUACCAGUCACUGUACAACCGCAUGCAUUUGCAAUUAUGGUCGGAUGCACCAAACAUUCCCACAGACAAGAGGUUACUGACCUCCCGGGAUCCCGAAUUGAUUGCAACAUAUCACAACUACAAUCGAUAUUUGAUGAUCUCUUCCAGUCGCAAUGGCAACAAGCCUCUGCCUGCAAAUUUACAAGGAAUCUGGAAUCCUUCUUUCCACCCUGCAUGGGGCGCCAAAUUCACCAUUAAUGUCAAUCUACAAAUGAACUACUGGCCAGCCAACGUGUGCAACCUUUCAGAGUGCGAGAUGCCGCUGUUCGACCUCCUUGAGCGGAUGGCAAAAUCUGGAAAGAAGACCGCUCAAGUCAUGUAUGGAUGCCGAGGCUGGGCUGCCCAUUCAUGUACAGAUCUUUGGGCUGAUACUGAUCCUGUUGACCGGUGGAUGCCGGCGACGAUCUGGCCUCUCGGAGGGGCCUGGCUAUGCUACCACAUCUGGGAGCACUUCCAAUUCACUCAAGACCAUGGAUUUCUUCUCAGGAUGUUCCCUAUUUUGCAGGGAUGUGUGGAAUUCCUGGUCGACUUUUUGAUUGAAGAUGCCUCUGGCAGAUACCUCAUCACAAACCCUUCAGUCUCGCCCGAGAACUCAUUUUACGACCUAAAGGGCCAGAAAGGAGUACUGUGCGAGGGUUCUACCGUCGACAUUCAAAUCAUUCAGGCUAUAAUAAGUGCUUUCGAGUCCUGCGCAGACCAGCUCGGUGUUUCAAAUUCGCUCCUAUCAACUGCCCGCGAAGCACGAGCCCGACUACCACCGAUGAAGAUAAGCGAUUCUGGGCUUCUACAGGAAUGGGCUAUUGACUACGCCGAGGUUGAACCGGGCCAUCGACACACCUCACACUUAUGGGCAUUGUAUCCCGGCAACGCUAUAAAUGCAGCAAAUCAGCCCGACCUAGCCCAAGCCUGUAAAGCGGUCCUUCGUCGGCGCGCUGAGAAUGGUGGUGGCCAUACAGGCUGGAGCCGGGCUUGGCUCAUUAAUUUACAUGCUCGUCUAUUCGAUGCAGAGGAGUGUAGUAGACAUUUGGAUCUGCUGUUGUCCCAUUCUACUUUGCCCAAUUUGCUGGACAGUCACCCGCCAUUCCAAAUCGAUGGCAACUUUGGUGGGGGUGCUGGCAUCAUAGAAAUGCUGGUCCAGUCUCAUGAGCCGGGGUUGAUUCGACUACUUCCAGCUUGUCCUAAGGAUUGGAAAGGGUCUAUCCGGGGAGUUCGGGCUCGUGGAGGGGUGGAAUUGGCUUUCAGCUGGGAUAAUAUGACUAUUCUCUCACUGACUGCUAUAUUGCCUGAAUCGGGUGGGAAGGUUUCCAUUUGUUUGCCUAAUGGCAAUGAGACUCGGGUGCGAGAAGUGGAAGGCCCUGGUCUUCACGUUAUUAUUGAAGCAUAG